UCCCAUCCCAUGUGUUGCAAGUAAAAAUAAGAAACCCUUUCUCAACAGUUCUUCUUCUUUCUCCCAAUAGUUUCCCAAAACCCGUAUUUUCCCAGUGAAUCAAAGCCUCCUCCUCCUCCAUUGAAACACAUGCAGAGCUCAAACUUAAAACUCCCAAACAGCAAAUCAGGAAAGAACGCUACCCAGACAAAUCGUUUUAUACAGUAAGGCGCAAAAUGCUUGGUAUUUCGUACGGAGAGCUCUUCCUCUUGAUCGGAGCCACAGCUGCUCUAGUCGGACCAAAGGAUUUGCCUAGAAUCGCUAGAACAGCAGGGAGGUUAGCGGGUCGGUCAAUCGGGUAUGUUCAGUUAGCUAGAGGCCAAUUCGAUAAUGUUAUGCAGCAGUCUCAAGCCCGCCAGGUUCAUAAAGAACUUCAAGAUGCACUUGCACAACUAGAGUCGAUUCGUUAUGAAGUCCGGAGUAUAUCACUUAUGAAUCCCGGUCCUAUGGCUCGAAGGCUGAUGGAUAAUCCUCAAGACCCGGCUCCUCUGAGUGAUGGGGCCAAUAGUUCACUUGAGAAGCCUAAGGAGGAGCUGAAGUCAAGAAAUACUGUGGUGAAGGAUGAUACUUUCAGAACCUCAGACUCACCUAAUUUGCAUAGUCAAGCAACUGCGUAUGCAAAGUUGGCUGAAUCUGAUGCCGUGAAGACUGGCUCUUUGAAGAGCAAUGCAGAGCAAGAAAACCUUAAAGAUGAAAGUGGUCUUUUCGUUGUCCUCCCAAUUUCAGCUGAAAGCACUGGGAUGCUACCAAAUCGCAAAGAGAAUGUUAAGGGAUCAGACAUUGUGUUGGAAGCAAUAGUUGAAGCAGAGGUAGCACGUAAUGCCAAAGAUUUCUUUUCACAGCCUGAAAAUCAAGUACAGUGAACUGAAAAGGUGGUGUUUGAUUCAAAGGAAUUAACUGCAAUGGAAUGCAAUCGUUGCCAUUGAAACUCCAUUACAAUGUUCGUUUUGGCAAUAUGACUGUUGAAAGCCCAUUCCUAUAACUGUUGGUGGACCAUUUCCAAAAUAAAAUGGGUGGAAAGCCCGUUCGAACAUGAUGCCCAUUGGGUGCCAACACCUCAAGCCCUAGGAGUUCCCUUCCAUGGUUUUCACUUCUCGGUCUCUCACCUCAGGCUCAACCAGUUCACUUACAUGGGUUCCCAUUUGUAUUUUGAAGACCUGAUCAACAGGAUUCUUUCACCAACAGACUCUGAAACCAAUCUACAGAAUGAUAUUAGUUUUUAGAUUUUAGUCUAUAAUUCUUGUUCUGUUGCAGAUAAGUCUUUGAUCAAGCAUAUAUAAUAUAUAUCAUCCCUGUAAAGAACACCAAGAUCAUAUUGAGUUAUUAAUGCAAUCUACAAAUUUGCCAUUCCUUUGUAGAAA